CCGAACUACGUCCGCUGAGGAGCCCCCAGAGCGGGCCGGAAUGCAAAGCCGGUCGGGGUCGGGGGAGCCAAGCAAGGAUCCCGAAAUUGGCAGCAUUGCGGCACGGGACGGAAACAUGGGAAAGGUGUCGCCUGAGCAGGAGCGACGACCGCAAGGAUUGCAGCGAGAGGCUGCAGGUACAGGGUCCAGCGACACGGAGACGACGAAGUCCGCCGAGAUCCGAACUUCUUCGGGCGGGGGGUGUCGGCCAGGGAUUGUCGUGCCGUUGAGAAGGGCAGCGUGCACGGAGAAGGAAGGGCGGUCCUCGGGAUUCAGCACGGGUACCGCGGAAGGGGAUGAGUUUCGUGCAAGGGAAGUAGGGGAGAAAAUGGAGGAACGGAGGGGAGCGCUAGAAGGGGAGGAAGAAGGGGAGGAAGAAGGGGAAGAAGAGGAGGAAGGGGAGGAAGCGGGAGAAACGGAGGUACUGAAUUUGCUUGGAGGAAGGGAGGGUGCCGGAUCUGGAGACGACGAGGUGGAGCACAGUGAGGACGAUGCCGGUUCUGGAGAGUCGUCUGACGAGUUCGGACAACUGUACGGAGAGCAUCAGGAUGAUGUCGACGACGAUGCCACGACGAUAGAGAUGGAGACACAGGUCGUUAGCAGCCUUUCCAGACAGCCUGAAGAUUAUGAGGUCCGACCACUGACGUCUGCUGUCGACUUGCAACACCGCUUCGACGAGGCAUCUGUCGCUAUCAGCCCGUCUAGAACAAGUCGCCGUAUAAGCAUCGACAAAGAUAUCGACGGUAUCCUCAGCGACCACAACGUGUCUGCCCGUCCGUCCACAACGCCUGACAUCGACGAAACUGGCAACGUCACGUCUCCCCUUGCAGCUGCCCUCGCUUCGUCGCCGCCGAAGUCCCUGGCCCUGACGGCCACCCUUGCCGCCGGAGAGGAAGGCGAGGUCGGGGGACGACAACAUGUCACAGGGAAGGGGUCGUCUCGAACACGGAGGUCCUCCAAAUAUCCUGAGCACAUAUUGCAGAAAGUCCCCGGGUUGACUACAAAACACAAGGAUAUGUUAAAGGCAUCAGGGGUUGAUGUCGAGAUCGGGAAGAAGGAGUACAACGUUGCCAUUGAGGAAUGUCUUUCCCUUCUUGCCCCAGAGAAAGGGACAUAUCCACGAUCUGUGAGUAGGGGUCAGGCCAUGUAUGAGAAGUAUUUAGCAACGCGUCAUGCUCCGGGGGAUAAUGCCUAGAACUCCGUUUCUCACUACCCCACGUGUCCUUUGCUCGAUGUUGUGCAGUGCGGGCCGCAAGUGCAGCACGCGGGAAAAGUUUCGCUACAGCGGUUGCGCCUCUGAGCUUGCGGGUUUUGGACGACAUUUUACGAGGCUCGGUGCCGUCUCACACUGUUCUCUCUAUACUGGGCGAUAGCCAAUUUCGGACUGCAGCAAAAGAUCUCCUCACCCUGCUGCAUGUCGACGGCAGGGUGAAUGAUGAGGUGGUCAAUUUCUAUAUGGCAUUGUUGGGGUCAACCGCAUGUGGGUCACGUGACAUCUCGUCGGGCCUUCAAGUCUUCAGCUUUAAUUCGUUCUUCUUCAGUAAACUGCGACUUCAAAG